AUGGAAUCGCACCGAUCAACGAGUUUCAGCAGCAAAAGGCCUGCAACAAUGCGCAAGACGGCACAGGUCCCAGACAGCACCACGAUGCCUCAUGUUACCGAUUCAAUGGACUUGGACCCCUGCGCCGCCACUGCGUCUAUGUUUCUGUACGCCCAGGGCUCAUCCAUAGUCUGCUGUCACCAUGAUACUCUCACCAUUGAACGAAUAUUUUCACGACACGCAUCCGACGUUCAAUUAUUGGCAGUCGAUAACCACAAUGAGGCUGAUGGUGGUCGCUUUGUUGUUAGUUAUGAUGCUGGCCAAAUAGCGAUUGUGUGGGAUCUAAUGACAGGCGACGAGAUCUCUCGACUUGCUUGUUGCAACACAAACGGAAGUCUCAUCAUAUUUGAGCCUUUAACAUCCGAACAUGUUUCUUCAAGCACUAUUGACGAGAUUGCUGUAAGUGCCUUGGCACCAUUAUCUGAUUGUCGAACAUUUGCUAUCGGUUACCAAAAUGGCUCUCUAAUUGUUGCAACCUUGCAGCCACGCUUCACCAUCUUACACAAUCUUGCCACCUUCAUAGGGCCGUCACCCAUCGUUAACCUUGCAUGGCAUGCUUCUUCGUCUCGGCAAAAGUCCGAUAAGCUUGCUGUCCAGAUGCUGGAUGGUGACUUACGAGUCUGGAGCGUGGCAAAGAAAUACAGCGCCGAUGAUCCUGCAAAAGUGGUUCGAAACCUUAAGAAGGCUGAGAUCUCCAUGGACGGACCCAACUGGAUGGGCUGGUCCAAGAAUGGUCGCAUAAUUCAGUAUUCCCACUCGCAAACGUGGUCUUGGGAUGUUAGAACAAAGCUCGUCACUCGUGAUCCCAUCCCAACUCUCGACCUUGUUCGUGGCCUCGCCGUCUAUGGCCCAGGUGCCACGUUGUUCACCCUUGGUUCCAAGAACACCGUGCAGCAGUUCGACCUGAAAUCCCCGUCCAUCAUGGUCGCCAAUGUCCGACACCCAGCAAACAUAUUGCCCACCUCACCUCCAGUAUCAGAAGAAACUCGUGAUCGAUCAGCGACCUCGGCUACCACUAUCGCCUCCGAGUCUGAGAUGAGCUCUAUUCCCCUGUAUAUGGAUAUUUCCGAGAGUGAGGAAGAUCAUCUAUCGCCAUUUGCUCGCCUGACUCGACGCCAAGCUUACGACUCUGGUAAUGAGCCUUACGAAUCAGCUAGCCCUGUCUCAAGUCGGAGUGGACUUUCAUCCUUAUCGAAAUCCUCAGCUGGGUCGUCUCACACCCCUGGCGGUUACCCCGGAUCCAUGAGGUCAAGAGGAUUGUCAGAAAACACCUAUAUCUCGGCUGGAACCUCGAUCAGGUCAUCAACUAUUGGCAACAGUGCUCAUGGUAACACGAGAGAUUUAGACACUUAUUCCAUGAGAUGUUCUCUUGGCGCUACAAGUGUUCCUUCCAUGGUCUCAAGCCGAUCACGAAGAAAACCUUCUCGCCUGCGCAAUGAAGUUCCCCGUAGCCCUGACGACAACAAAGUUCACGACCUAUUCAAGUUUACUCGGGCAUGUCUUAGCGAUAUUCCUUACAAGCAUGCUAUGAGUGCUAACAGUGCUCGUCUCACCAAUGAUGAUCUGCGCCGUCAAAUGCUCAACACCAUCUUCGGAUGGAACAAAGAGGUUGAAGAUCUGAUUAGGGAUGAGAUGAGCAGACAUCCCCAAGGAUCUGCCAGUCGUAUUCUUUUAGCCAAAUGGCUUGGCGAUAUUGAUCUUAAUAUCAUGAACGCUAACUUCGAGAACAUGACUUCUUCUGACUGGAUGUUGUUGGCUUUGAGUGGAAUCGGCGGCCAUACCUCACAACAGAAGCUUGGCCAUACAUACGUCCAGCGCCUGCUUGAGGCUGGCGACGUGCACACAGCAGUUACUAUUAUGCUUGGCAUGGGUGAUCACAAUGACGCUAUUGAGGUUUAUAUCUCUCACAAGCGCUACAUGGAGGCACUGAUCCUUACAUGCCUCUCAGCCCCUAGUGUUUGGGAACGCCAAGCUGCCAUUAUCAAGAAAUGGGGAGAGUGGGCGGUUCAACAUGGUCAACAGCAGCUGGCAACCCGAUGCUUUGCUUGCACCGACCAGGAGUCUACUGAGCCUUGGACUUCUCCAUCAGCUUCGCAACUUAACUUCCAAGCUAUGACUCCUAGUAUUCCUGAGGUCUUAAGCCCGCCUCUCUCACCUCCCGGCGUUCAACGUGGGCCCCAACGCAGCAUCGCAAAGACGUCUACACUCAAGCUGAUCACCUCGUUUGGUGGUCAAACUCAGAAGUCUAAGUUCUUUGCAGAUGUCAGUGGCCAAACUCCUAUUGCCGCCGGUGUUACUCCUAUCGUUGACUCUGCCGGUUCACCCGCCUUCUCGCAUGCCUCUAACAAUGAGGCCACGACAGCGUUCCUCCGCCCUUUAAACAGCAGCAGGUUCAACACCCCUGUCUCUGCUCGAGGACGCGGACGUCUACCGUCCAUUGGUGAGAUUCCAUCAGACCUCAACCGAGAAGCACUUCGAUCAGCUGAGCUCUCUGCUGUUCCUUAUGACAAUAAGCCUCAAUCCACUCUUACUCGAACACCAUCUGGCAAUGACAACAUGACGAUGGGUACCGCAUUGCAGCGUGCUGCCACUGCAAGCCCAAUGAUGAUGCGAGAGCAUGCUCAGCGCGUUGUCCAACUAAGUGAUAGAAAUUUCCCACCACCUGACCGAGCCACCAUGUUGAAGACGCAACAGGUAUCGCGCAACCCCCGCAAUGAUUCUCGUGACCGCAUUCUGGUGGGGUUGAAUUUGCAGCGACAGGUUGGACCGGCCCACGAAGACAUUAAGUCUCCAGAGCCUUCUGUUGCUUCUUCUACCUGCUAUCACUGGCCAACCCGCCGCAGAGGACCUGCCUCCGUGGCGAGCUCUGUCACUUCUGCAUCGAGCGCUGGACAAAGUCUUCCUCAUCAAGCUAUGCGAAACCGACAAGAUUACAUCCACAGCCUGGAUGCUGCCAGCCACUACUCCAAGAAGCAGCGCAACCGCCAACGUAGCCAGUCAAGAACUCGGGAUGCUCCGCGCAGUCGACCUGGAAAUCGGGAACAAACUGCUCGCUCUCGAGAACCUUCUGAGGAACGUGGCCAUGUAAGUGCUUGCAAUUGGUCCAAGGCGAAGCGAUCAUCUCCACCAAUUCUCAUGUCUCCCGAGGACUUGCUGAACUUAAGAACUCUGUGA